AUGAGCAAAAACUUCGGCGCCCUAUCGUGUGAGCCCUGUAAGGCCUUCUUCAGGAGAAACGCAUUGAAAAACAAAUUUAAAUGUCGUUUAGGCAACAAUUGUAGUAUAGAUACCAUAACCCGAAGGUUUUGCUCAAAAUGUCGUUUAGAUAAAUGCCUGGCCAUCGGAAUGAGACGGGAAUUCAUAGCGAGUGACGAGAAAAAGGAGCUGAAAAGAGUUUCAAAGUUGCCAAAUAAUAAUACGACUACUUUAGACACAGACUUCUUGAGUGAAAUACUCGAUGACAACAAUUUCAGUGUCGAUGCACUCAAUGAACAGAUUGUGGACAUUGAGACCAGUAUUCGCGCAAAUGAUAGAAUUAAUAGUCAAACAAACCAUAUCUCAACAGAUAAUCAACAAAACAGUGAUAAUUAUACGCAAAACUCAUUAACACAUUAUUAUUCACCGGAAAGUAUCGACAAAAAAGUAGUGUCGGGGUAUGAGAUGCCUGUCAUACCCAUCGCCCGACCCAUCGGUGACCACAAAAUUGUUUUCAACGAAACCGAAAUCUACAUAAUCAGUGAACUGAUCCAAUCGACUCAAUUCGGAUCAAUAAUGGGAACAAAUUCUGUGUUUAAGAUCAAUGAUAAUCACGGCUUUAACUUCAUAUUAACCGAAAGGUUUGACAAUUAUGUGAGAAAUGAGACCAAAGCUGUGAAAGGGUUGACCGCAUUCAACACCAUCUGCGAAGACGACCGCAUCUUACUAUUGAAGUACAGCUGCAUUGAAGUGACAUUCUUGCGGUCCAUUCUCUACCUCAACGAUACCGCCGAUUAUCUCCAACUUCAAGGGAUGUAUCCAAUCUUGUUGUUUAACCCAGAUCAUUGUAAUCUCGUCCAUAGAGCUGUUGUCAAACUCCAACAACACAUUUACAUGCAUUUACUUCAACGCUAUUUAUUACUGAAAUAUCGGUCAGAAUCGGAGGCAAAGACCCGAUUCUUGCAAUUCAUGAACAUUUUAACGGAACUAAACGUCAUGAGAGACAUCCAGAGAACGCAUACUUUGAAUCAUUCACUGAAUAUCUCACCACUUCUACAAGAAGUCCUCUCGUCCGGUGUUGUCGUUAAGACCACAUCGGGUGCAGUGAAGGGUCAGACCAUACGGGCGUUUGACACAAGUAUUGACCAAUUUUUGGGUAUACCUUAUGCCGAACCACCCGUCGGUAAACUCAGGUUCGCCAAACCUGAACCCAUCAAAGCACCCACACCGGAAGAGAUAGACGGGACACAAACGGGAAACGCUUGCCUUCAAAAGAAAAACAACUUUUUAAAAGACUAUUUCGGGAACCUAUCGAUGAGUGAGGAUUGCCUCACAUUAAACGUGUGGACAGCGCAGGGACUGGGGGUCGGGUCGGCGCUGAAGCCGGUAAUGUUUUGGAUACACGGCGGUUGGUUUCAGUACGGCUCCAGCUUUCAACACACGCCCGACUAUUUCUGGUUUAACGGCACGUAUUUGGCGGCCAAUGACGUGGUGUUUGUGUCCAUUAACUAUAGGCUCGGUUUGUUUGGCUUCACGUAUGGGGCGGACGAGACGGCGCCCGGAAAUGUCGCUUUUCUCGACCAAGUGUUGGCUCUUAAAUGGGUUAGAGAAAACAUCCAUCAGUUUGGCGGAGAUAGGGAUCAGAUCACCAUUUUUGGUCACAGCGCCGGCAGUUGGUCCGUAUCGGCGCACAUACUCUCCCCGCUAUCCAAAUGUCUCUUCAAGAGGGCUAUUAUGCAGAGCGGGGCCGACAUUAUGAACAAAAAUCGUGGUUUAAUUACUCGACCCGAAGCCCUAUCUCUGGCCAAAUCUGUGGCUAAGAACUUGAAUUGCAGUUCAGAUGAAGACAAAUGGUUAGAGUGUUUGAAAGCCGUGGACGCGGAGCGGCUUAAAAGUGAGACUCCGACCACUCUGGCGGCAAUUGAAUUGCACGAUGUGAACGCCACCAAAAUGACCGAGUUCUAUUUGCGCGACGUUGACGCCGACAACUCCGACGAGCUUAAGACCGCUUUCUACGAGCUCUACACCGAUGUGUCGAUGAGGUGUCCGACAUAUCUAUUCGCCCGACAGUACGCCCAACACUCGCCCGACUCGAGAGUAUAUUUCUACGACUUCUCGUACCAGAGUUUGAACGCUUACCGAUGGGGUUGUGUUGGCCCGCAGAUGGGUGUCUGUCACGGGGCCGAAGAGGAGUUCAUGUUUGGCGUACCGCUGAUGUAUCCCAAGACGUUCACACCAUUGGACGCACAGUUCGCCCGCACUGUCACUAAGAUGUGGAUUGAUUUCGCUAAGACCGGGUUCGUUACGUUCGGUAAUCCGGAUAAGAAAUGGCCGACAAUUAUCAGCCCCGGUAGCCCAGUGUCCAUGUUUAAGGAUCUCAGUCCAUACGUACCGCAACGUAUUAAUUUCUGUGCCCUUACGUGUCAGUCAUGUAAAGCCUUCUUUCGACGAAAUGCUUUCAAACUAACAAUCUACAGGUGUAGGUUUGAUGACAAUUGCCAUAUCAAUGAAACCACACGUAAAUUAUGCAAAAAAUGUCGACUCAAAAAGUGUUUCGCUGUCGGCAUGAAAAAGGAAUGGAUACUCAAUGAGGAGGAGAAACAGAUCCGGUUGUCUCAAAUCGAAGAGAAUAAAAAACUAAAGCAAAAUAACCACAAAAAGUCACCAAAUAAUACUACAUUCACCACCGGAUCCAUUGGUGACAAUACAAUCGACAAUGAGAUUAAUGAAUAUAUUAUGAAAAUUGAUGAUAAUUUGAUAGCAAGUGAUGAAUGCGAUGAAAUUAUACACGAAAUAUUUGAUAAUGAACUAGAUGAAAGUGAAAAUAGUAAUCUAACCUCGGAUCAAAUGUCUGUUGUAUCGCGAGAAUCAAAUACCCCGAGUAAUUGCUCCACAAUUACCAUCGAUGAUACAUUACCUCAUAUUAAAACAUAUGAUAAAUUGAAGAAUAACUGUAUGGCUAUAGAAAUACUUAACUGCAAUUCAAUGGACAAACUCAACAACUUAUGCAGUUUUAAUCCGUUUGAAUGCAAACUAAUCGCUGAGUUGUUUAACCAGAGAUUGUUAGCAAUACAUCCGGUCAGCGAUAGGAGGGCCGGGAGGUUCACAACAGUGGAUGAGCUAAUGGUAUACAUUGCCACUAAUUUUGAGAGUUAUCUGCAAAGUUUUGUGGACAAAUCCAAAGGAUUGCGUGCAUUCACCACACAGUGUCUUAAUGAUCAAAUAGCCAUGGUCAAAUAUUGCUGCAUUGAAUCGCAGCUAUUAAAGUCAGUAGUGUUUUAUAGCCCACACCUUGAGGGCUGGGCGUUUCAAAAGAGUCAGGAUUUUAUUCAAGAUAAUAACACUUCAGUAGUACUCAGUUUGGAUUUAUUAAAG